AGAGAGAAAAAGAGAGGGGAAGAAUUAACGGGCGGUGCUGAGAUUGAUCUCAUCACACAGUCAGACCUGUACGGAUCAGGCUUCAGGGAGCGUUGGUACUAAGCGACUGAAAGGGAAAACGGAGGAAGACCAUAAAGAGAGAAUAUAAAAACGCAAGAAUCAAAAUGACAGGUAUAUUAGCCUGGUUUUGGAAUGAGAGGUUCUGGCUCCCACAUAAUGUAACCUGGGCAGAUUUAAAAAACACAGACGAAGCAACCUUCCCGCAAGCUGAGGAUCUGUAUCUGGCGUUUCCUUUGGCGUUCUGCAUUUUCAUGAUUCGGCUGGUUUUUGAAAGGUUUAUUGCAAGACCAUGUGCCUUAGGCCUUAAAAUCCAAGCAAUUGGACCACAGAAAGCUCAACCCAAUGCUAUUCUUGAGAAGGUCUUCACUGCAAUUACCAAGCACCCUGAUGAGAAGAGAUUAGAAGGCCUUUCCAAGCAGCUGGACUGGGAUGUGCGCACCAUUCAACACUGGUUUCGACAGCGAAGGAACCAGGAGAAACCCAGUACCCUCAGCAAAUUCUGCGAGAGCAUGUGGAGAUUUACAUUUUAUCUGUAUAUAUUUACUUAUGGAGUGCGGUUCCUAAAAAAGACUUCCUGGCUUUGGGACACCCGAGAUUGCUGGUACAACUACCCAUACCAGGCUCUUACAACUGAACUUCAUUACUACUACAUCAUUGAGCUGGCAUUCUACUGGUCCUUAAUGUUCUCCCAGUUUACUGAUAUCAAAAGGAAGGACUUUUUAAUUAUGCUUUUGCAUCACCUUGCCACAAUCUCCCUGAUAACCUUCUCUUACGUAAACAAUAUGGUGCGCGUAGGAACACUGGUCAUGUGCCUUCAUGAUGUGUCUGAUGUGCUGCUUGAGGCUGCUAAAAUGGCAAACUAUGUGAAGUGUCAAAGACUGUGUGACCUCCUGUUUGUCAUGUUUGGGUUAGUCUUCAUUAGUACCCGGCUUGCUGCUUUUCCUAUCUGGAUCUUAAACACAACAGUGUUUGAAAGCUGGGACAUUGUUGGUCCGUAUCCAUCAUGGUGGGUCUUCAACUUGCUGUUCUUCCUGCUUCUAGUGCUGCAUUCCUUUUGGUCAUAUCUCAUCAUAAAGAUAGCCUGCAAAGCCAUUUCUAAAGGAAAGGUGGGGAAAUGGAAUCCCAUGCAUGUAUCAAAUGAUGAUCAGGGUGACAUUGAAUCCAGCUCCGAUGAGGAGGAUGCACCAUCUCCUGCUAAAAAGAUACAUAACACUGCAACUAAUGGGACCAAUGGGGCGAACGGAACAAACGGAUACCUCACUGGGACUACUUGUCUGGACGAACACUAAUUCCGGAUUUAGCUUUUAGAAUGUCAAGCACUGGAAAGAUGUCACGGAAACUAUUAGUAGAUAAUUGUAUGUGAGACAUGAACAACAUUACGUGUUUAAUACUGGAAGUGCAUAAUAGGACUUGUGAAUGCGUUUAUAUGUAUAUCAGUAUCAGACACAGUUCCAUAGAAUAUCAGAGCAUCCCAUUAGUUUCCAAUUUUAUGUCUGUGAAUGAAUGAAGAAUUACAUUUUCAUUUUGUGUGAGCAAGCAUGCUGCAUCUUAUUUAGUUUCACACAAUGGGAGCUGUGUUUUCGUAGAUUUGUUAUUAUAUUAUUUAUUUGUAUAUAUGUUUAAGAUUUGUGGAUAAAAGGGAUUAUUUUUGCAAUUUUUUGAUUUGUGAGGGCACACUCUAUAACUUUAACUGCUCAGUCUGCUUUGAGAAAUAAAUGUUUCUCUUUUUUUUGUUUUGUUUUAUCGCUUGCCAUAUGCGGUAGUCCUUGGUUGUCUUUAAGUGAUGUGGUGUUGGCCUAUCCAAUCCAGUGGUUCUUUCUGUUUACAGUUGUUUUUAAUACACGUGUAUUAUAGGACAUACAUUUCUGAAGUUUAUUGUCAACAUUUCCUUUUAGGCAAUUAUUAAACACAGUCACCCAGUAGCAGUGUUUUGUCUAUGGAAGAGUCAUGCUGUGAAACAGACAGUUGCUUCCAUUAGGCAUCGAUACAUAUAUAUGGUUUAAUCUAUAGAUGUCUUAAGGUACUAUUUCAAACCACUGAAUAUGAUCAGUAUUAAAACACUAUUGUGAUGCUCCAAUCGCUGGUAGUUUUCAUUUUAUUUAAAUGGUUUUAAUUACCUAUACCCGUGCAGUAAUUUUAAAUGUGCUAUAUUUGUGAAGCAAACUUGGUGUAUAUAGUAUACAAAGUAACUGUAUGCUUUCAGAAAUUGUCUGUGUUUAAAAGCAUAGCUAGGAAUGGAGGGGAAAGUGGUAGAGUUACUAAGAAAUCAAUGGUUGUUUGUGUUUUACCAUCCUUAACGUGUACUGUUUUAAUUUACUGCAAUGAAAUAGGUACUUGUUAAUUUUAUCAGAGAGAGAGAGAGCGAGAGCGAGAGCGAGAGAGCGAGAGAGCGAGGAGAUCCCUGGAAUACCUAUUUCAUUGCAGUAAAUUAAAUCUCUACAUGUACUUACAUAUAUAUAUAAAACCACAGUAUUAGGAGGAGGGAGAGGUGUCCCACAUAGUGUGAGAUCAUACAGGACCUCAUAAAAGGUAACAGUGCCAAAUCAUUUAUUUAUCUUAAAUGGCCUGUAAUUUUUUUUUUUUUUUUUUUUUUCCCUACAGUAGUUUUUAAACAUGGCAUUAUACAGGAAUAAGCUGCAUGCUACAGUUUUCAUGUCAUGCCAAGGUACUCGAUAAUCCACAGUAAUAUUUAAUAAGUUACUGUUUGAAAGCCAAACACCAGGACAGGGUUUAAUAACAGAGAUACGUUGUAUAUGUACUUUCCCUCUAAGAACCAGUCCUGAAUGUACAUGGUAUGUGCAAGGUCCACGGAGUCUGGGUCUUGAUAAAGCCUUAAAGCCUAAUAAUAUACUCAUUUGUGUGUGUGUAAAAGUUCAUGGGGAAUGUUGGUCUCCAUUGUUGUUGGGUCUUCACAAAAAUACAUGUACAGUAGGUAACAGCAACCUUGAUAUCAAGAUAAUCAAGAAUGAUAAAUUCACCACAUAAGCACAGUAUUUGUAAAUCCUGUUGAUAUACCAGUGUGUUAAGAUGCUGAAAUGUACCAUAAGUAAGGAUUAAAUACUGUACAAUUAUGCAUUUUUUCAUUGCCAGCCAAAGCACUGGUAAAUUAUCCACAGAAAGCAUAUCAUACCAAAGACCAGUUCAAAAAAAUUAAACAAUCCCAUAUAGGGAAAACAAAAAUUCCAUGAGAAAAAAAAAUUAAAAAGUAGUAUUCAAUAUAGUGUUUUGGUUACUACUGGAGAAUGAAGUAGUACUAGAUGAGUUUGAGGUACUAGUCUUAUGUAAACGUUGUUAUGUUAAACGCAAAUAACUGCAUGUUUUUAAUAAAAACAAAAGGCAGUAUAAUGGUACUAAUGGAGCAGGAACUCAAGGUACAUUUUUUCUCACUCCCACAUUGAUUUUUUUUUUUUUUUUCACCCCAACCCAGUCUCUGAGGAGGAGAUGCUACUGUAUUUGGAGUUCCUUUUAGUACUUUGUGACUGGAAUACAAGUUUGGCAAUAAUUGUGUACUCUUUUCUGUUAAAAAACAAAACAAAACUAUGCAGUGCUUGUGGAUCACAUGCAGUGAAUGUAUAUGUUCCUGACAUACUGUAUGUUUUGUGUGUGCAAGAGAGUGUGCUUGAUCUGGUAUUCUAUUCUUUAUUUGAAAUGUUCUGGCCUUUUCUUCACCCAAGCCUGUUCUCUUUCCGGUACUGUUGGGUGUCCAAGGCUACUCAGAAUGUGUUAUUUAGGCUUUUCAUUGGUGUUGUUUUUGUGCCAAUAAUAUGUUGAUCCAAAUUAAUCCAAACUAAGGACUUGACAUAAAUCUUACUCUGUAAUGAUUAAACUUGCUUGGCCUGCUUUGUCUGAUACUGUAUAUCCAGGCUGUAAGCAAAUGCUCAAACACCCAAGUUAGCUUAGGGUUCAUUCACUCACUGUUCAAGGCCAAGAAUUAUAAUUCUGCAACCUUUGAGAAAAUGACAACAGUUCAGUGAGUCGGAUGCUGACAAUAGGUUUUAAGAUUGCCACGUCAUUUUAUUAUUACUAUAUGAUGUCAUUGGUUACUAGAGAAUAUCUUUGUUUGAAAAAAAUAAAAAGAUAAAUAAGUGUUAUUAGUUAGUUAGUAACACAUAUGUGCAGGGUUUUCAUUUGAUUGUUACUUUGUGCUCUCAUUGGUUACUUUGCUGUCAUUUUUGGUAUUGAAUGCAUAUAUGUUUACUUUUGGAUUCUGCAGCCAAUGGGCAUUGUAGAUGCAAUGGCAAACACUUUCACAAUAAACGUGUGUUGAUAUUACA